AGGGGCAAGAGGAUAAACAAACCCUUCAAAGCCGCGGCAGGAUGGUGAAAGAGAACCUCGAAUCCAGGGCGUCCUGGCACAAGGCAGAACUCUCAGAGAAAGCUAGAGCGAUUGCGAUGGAAGCCGUUAAUUUCAUCGAGCAAGCAACAGCCCUCGACAGUGAAGUUGUGCAGAACAAGAUAAACGACUUGAAAACUCAGAUCGAUGACUUGAAGACAGCCCAGUUAACAGAAGACAAACUACACGUUGACUUUGGCAUAGUGCCAGUUGGCAUGCGGGCGAAUCCUUCGUCAAGGAGUACACUAAUCGCUAAUUCCAGCGAUAGUGAAAGAAUCAGCCGGAUGAAGGAGCUAACCAGCUUCUUCCGCAACGUGAAACGCAAUGAACAAACGUCACCAACCACGCCACAACACCGAGUCAAGAUUGCUAUCAUUGAUGAUGGUCUUGAUUCGUCUCUCUACAUAAUUGAUCGUACACAUUGUCGAGUUGUCGCCGGACAGUCUUUUUGCACGUCUUACUCCGGGUAUAUUGACAACUACUAUGUCCCCUCAGGUAACCACGGUACCCAAGUUGCUUCCAUUAUCUGCCAGAUUUGUCCCGAGGUGGACCUCUACAUCGCCCGGCUAGAUGACCAAUACACGAGGUCCGGAAACAGGGUGAUCAACCCGGCGUCAGCUGAGAAAGCAAUCAUGUGGGCGACGGAUUGCGGCGUGGAUAUGAUCUGUAUGAGCUGGACAAUCGAAGACUCGGAUCCUGACGGUGAUCGCCGGUUUGACGGCCUGGGAAAGGCCAUUGACGAAGCAUAUAAGAACCGGAUCAUCAUGUUCUGCUCCGCCAGCGACCAAGGAGGGAGUUCGAUGGUGCGGUGCUACCCCGGGCAUUUCAAGGACAAAUCCAUUCGCAUAGGGUCCUGUUCGGCUUUCGAUGUCCCGUCGGUUUGGGUCAAUUCCAAACAGGUUGACUUUCUGCUACCCGGAGAGAAUAUCGUCAUACGCAACAGCGACGGCACAUCCGAGUCCCAGACAGGAAGUUCCUUCGCUACCGCCGUUGCGGCCGGCUUGGGAGGGCUGUUGCUGUAUUGCACUCUCAAGCUCGGAACGGGCAUCCCUCCGUCGGACAGAAAUGCCCGGCCCCAGUACUCUGAGGUAGCCAAAGAGGAGGAAGACGAGACCAGCUCUAGCGAGGAAAGCGGCCCUGAAUCCGACGCCGAAUCCCAUGAAACUCCGCGUCGGGGCGGUGUUAUCCGAGGUCAAAACGGGCCGGCCAAACCCGACAAGGACGAAGAGAUUUUAUGGGAUCGGAGUCGCAUGUUCAACAUCAUAAAUCAGAUGUCGGUCCCAUCAGGAAAAGACCAGCCGCUCCUCGCCAAGCCUGAGCACUUCCUCGUUGAAAAGAUAAAGGGACUCCUCAAGAAAAAGGGGAAAGGGGUUGUUGAUAUUGAUAAAUAUGGCUGGGACACAAAUUUCCAGGCUGCCCUGCGAAAGAUUUUACGGCAGCUGACAGAAACGCCGUCUCGUGCGGCUUUUGAGGAGAAUUUUCGAAAUUAAACUGGUGGUUCGCUUGAGCAGACUAGCAGAGGCUUGUGGUUAAAAAAUAAACCUCAAUGAUACUCGUCGGCUCCUGCCUAUCUUCCAAUGCCACUCAAUUUCGGUCAAAGGAGGCUUUGCCCCUCGGCUACACCAGAGGAUGGCAGCAAUAAGAGCGAAACGGCAAUGAUAUUGAGCUUGGUGGAUGCAACUAAUCGAUUACUGUUGUGGAUACGGAUAAAUCAGUAUGCUAUGAAUUUCAAAUUGAAGGAUUUUGACGGUAUGAUGCACAAAACAGAGGCUACCAUUUUGACCGAUCAUCGUUCGAUUCCGCUCUCCAGCCACAGACAGGAUCUGGCAACUGUAGACGGCUGCGACC